AUGCAGAGGGAGGUGGGGCCGCAGGUGGCCCCUCCGCUCUUCCUCCACCAGAUCCAGCCGAUGCCUCCCCACGCCGCCGCCGCCGCCGCCGCCGCCGCGAAGAAGCGCGGCCACCCGUGGCCCGCCGGCGGCGCCGCCGUGGCGCCCGCGGAGGCCGCCGCAGGGAACUGGAACCCCAGGCUGUGGGACUGGGACAGCCGCGCGCUCACCGCCAGGCCGUCCUCCGAUGCGCUCCGCCUCGCCGGUGGCCAGCCCCAGCCGGCAGCCAAGGCGGCUGAGGCGCAGCGCCAGGGGACCGGGGGUAGCGGCGCGCUGAACCUCCAGCUCGGCCUGCGGGAGGACGCCGCGACCCCGAUGGACGCCAGCCCGACGGCUCCCGCGGCGGCGGCGUCGCCGUUCCCGCCUCCUGCUUCGGCCGCGGCGGGGCAGGAGCCGGUUGAUAGGCCGAGCAAGCGCGUGCGGUCCGGAUCGCCGGGGAGCGCUGGGGGAGGAUCGGGCGGCGGUGGGGCUGGCAACGGAGGCGCGAGCUACCCGAUGUGCCAGGUGGAUGACUGCCGAGUGGAUCUGACCAGCGCCAAGGAUUACCACCGGAGGCACAAGGUCUGCGAGACCCACAGCAAGACCAACAAGGCGGUCGUCGCCAACCAGGCCCAGCGCUUCUGCCAGCAGUGUAGUAGAUUUCACCCACUCGCGGAGUUUGAUGAGGGUAAGAGGAGCUGCCGGCGUAGGCUUGCUGGCCACAACCGUCGGAGAAGAAAAACCCAGCCAACAGAUGUUGCUUCGCAGUUGCUGUUACCUGGAAACCAAGAAAAUGCAGCAAAUAGGACACAAGAUAUUGUCAAUCUAAUUACAGUGAUUGCACGCUUGCAAGGUUCUAACGUUGGUAAAGUGCCUAGCAUCCCUCCCAUACCAGAUAAACAGAAUCUGGUUGAAAUUAUAAGCAAAAUAAAUUCAUUGAACAACACGACCCCUGCGGCAAAGUCUCCUCCAUCAGAAGUUGUUGAUUUGAAUGCUUCACAAGUGCAACAAGAGCAACGGCAGGAUUCUGUGGAGAAGACUACCAACGGAAUCGACAAGCAAACUGUGCCAUCAACCAUGGACUUGCUAGGAGUUUUUUCAACUGGCCUUGCAACUUCAACACCUGAGACAAAUACAUCCCAGUCCCAAGGGAGCAGUGACAGCAGUGGUAAUAACAAGAGCAAGAGCCAUUCAACAGAGCCAGCAAUUGCUGUAAAUUCACAUGAUAAAUCAACCCGAGAUUUUCCUGCUGCUGGUUUCAUGAGAAGCAACAGCACACACGAAAGCCGACCUCAUAUAUACAAGCAGACAGAACAAGAAACCAGACCAUACUUGUCACUGCAGCUGUUUAGCAGCACUGAGGAGGAUAUUCCACCUAAGAUGGACUCAGUGAAUAAGUACUUAUCUUCUGAGAGUAGUAAUCCUCUGGACGAGAGAUCUCCUUCAUCCUCUCCGCCUAUAACCCGCAAGUUUUUCCCCAUACAUUCGGUUGAUGAAGAGGUUCGGCACCCUCAUAUUACAGAUUAUGGGGAAGAUGCUACAAUGGGUGAAGUUAGCACAAGCCAGGCAUGGUGUGCACCACCACUUGAUCUAUUCAAGGAUUCAGAGCGCCCCAUCGAGAAUGGAUCACCACCAAAUCCUGGUUACCAGUCCUGCUAUGCUUCAACAUCUUGUUCAGACCAUUCACCUUCAACCUCGAACUCAGAUGGACAGGAUCGGACUGGUAGGAUUAUUUUCAAGCUGUUUGGCAAGGAACCUAGCACAAUACCUGGGAACCUUCGUGACGAUAUAGUAAAUUGGCUCAAACACAGCCCUACUGAAAUGGAGGGAUACAUUAGACCUGGUUGCAUUGUACUAUCCAUGUACCUAUCAAUGCCGGCUAUUGCAUGGGAUGAGCUUGAAGAAAAUCUCCUCCAGAGAGUAAACUCAUUAGUUCAAAGUUCUGAUAUGGAUUUCUGGAGGAAAGGAAGGUUUUUAGUUCGAACCGACUCCCAGUUGGUAUCGUAUAAAGCGGGAAUGACCCGUUUAUCGAAAUCGUGGAGAACAUGGAAUACCCCUGAAUUGACCUUUGUGUCACCAAUUGCUGUUGUUGGUGGGCGGAAGACUUCCCUCAUUCUUAAAGGCCGCAAUCUAUCUAUUCCUGGCACACAGAUCCAUUGUACAAGUAUAGGGAAUUACAUAUCCAAAGAAGUUCUUUGCUCAGCAUAUCCAGGUACCAUAUAUGAUGAUUCUGGUGUUGAGACCUUUGACUUGCCAGGACAACCAGAUCUUAUUCUUGGACGCUGCUUUAUUGAGGUGGAAAACAGGUUCAGGGGCAACAGCUUCCCUGUGAUUGUCGCAAGUUCAAGUGUUUGCCAGGAGUUGAGAAAUCUAGAAGUUGAGCUUGAGGAUUCACAGGUUCUUGAUGUUCCUUCUGAUGGUCAGAUUUAUGACUCCCGGCAGUCAAAGACAAGGGUUCAAGUUCUGCACUUCCUUAAUGAACUCGGCUGGCUUUUUCAGAAGGCUUCUGCCUGUACACUGUCCACUAGAUCUGAUAUGUCUGAUUUGGAUUUGAUUCAGUUUUCAACCGCGCGGUUCAAAUAUCUUUUACUGUUCUCUAGUGAGCGUGACUGGUGCUCUCUUACUAGAACACUUCUGGAUAUUCUUGCUAAGAGAAGCUUGGUCAGCGAGGAACUAUCAAAGGAAACUAUGGAGAUGCUGGCUGAGAUUCAUCUUCUGAACAAAGCAGUAAAAAGAAAGAGUAGGAGCAUGGUGCAUUUGCUUGUACAGUUCGUUGUAAUUUGCCCUGAUAAUUCCAAGGUUUACCCCUUCCUUCCAAAUUUGCCUGGCCCUGGUGGUUUAACUCCGUUGCAUCUUGCUGCAUCCAUUGAGAAUGCAGAGGAUAUUGUUGACGCCUUGACAGAUGAUCCUCAACAGAUUGGUUUGACAUGUUGGCAGUCAGUUCUAGAUGAAGAUGGCCAAUCUCCUGAAACAUAUGCCAAGUUGAGGAAUCAUAAUUCUUAUAAUGAGCUUGUAGCACAAAAGCUGGUGGACAUGAAGAACAACCAGGUUACUUUAAUGGUUAAUGGCGAUGAAAUUCGUAUGGAUCAGUUAGGGAAUGUUGGUGACCAUAAAAAAUCUGGGGUUCAGGCGUUGCAAAUAAGAUCUUGCUCCCAGUGUGCCAUUUUGGAGUCUGGUGUGCUAAGGCCGCCUGUCCGGUCAAGGGGAUUGCUUGCUCGGCCUUAUAUCCAUUCAAUGCUGGCUAUAGCAGCAGUCUGCGUCUGUGUCUGUGUAUUCAUGCGAGCUUUGCUGCGGAUUAAUUCUGGUAAAUCCUUCAAGUGGGAGAGGCUGGAUUAUGGUACAAUAUAA